AUGCCUACCGCAAUCGUGACAGGGGCAAACUCCGGCAUUGCCCACGCGUUUGCCAACAUACUCUGUGAUGAGGGCUACACGGUUUACGCAGUCGACCGGCAGGCGGGGGACGGACUUGAGGCUUUGAAAGCCAAGAGGGCUCACAUUGCUGAAGUUGAUGUGACUUCUCCCGAGUCAAUCCAAAAGUUCAAGGACUCCCUCGGCGACACGACAAUUGACCUGUUGCUCAACAUUGCCGGUUUGACAUACCUUCCUUGUUAUUGUGCGUAUCAAGACAUAAGACAGCGGACUAACCGACAGCUUCGACCAGGUGUUGCCGCUUCCAAUGAAGACGACAGCCUCACGACGAGCAAUCUGCAAGUCUUCCAACGGACGUUUGCUGUCAACACCUUUGGGGUUUUCCUUCUGACCCAGGCGCUGUUGCCCAACGUCCUGAAAGCCUCCAAGCCCAAAAUCGGCAUUGUUUCGAGUCGUGUAGGCUCCAUGGGCGACAACAGCUCUGGAGGACACUACGCCUAUCGCUCUUCCAAGGCUGCCGUCAACUCAAUUGGUAAAAGCAUGGCCAUGGACUUGAAGGACAAGGGCGUCACGGUCAUGCUCCUACAUCCGGGCUACGUCAGGACCAACCUAUUGCCCAACGCAAAGAUGCCCCCCGAGACAGUCGAGCCAGACGAGGCGGCGAGAAAGCUGUGGGAGAAUAUUGUCAGCCAGAAGACAAUCCAGGACACGGGCAAGUUCUGGCAUCGUGAGGGAUUCGAGCUGCCAUGGUGA